ACGGGCAUCAGAACCUCACUACAUUCACUCACUACCUACUACUCACUGCAUUUUUGCAAUCCCAUCUUCACUUUACUUCGAAAGAAAAUGUCCAACCCUAAGGUUUACUUCGACAUGACAGUCGGUGGAAAGCCCGGUGGACGCAUCGUAAUGGAGCUUUUUGCCGAUGUUGUUCCUCGUACCGCUGAGAACUUCAGAGCUCUUUGUACAGGAGAAAAAGGGAAGGGGAAAUGUGGAAAACCUCUACACUACAAAGGAUCUGGUUUCCACAGAGUGAUUCCUGAGUUCAUGUGCCAAGGAGGUGAUUUCACUGCUGGAAAUGGUACCGGCGGGGAAUCCAUCUACGGUGCCAAGUUUGCUGAUGAAAACUUCGUGAAGAAACACACUGGACCUGGGAUCUUAUCCAUGGCUAACUCUGGACCUGGGACCAACGGAUCUCAGUUUUUCAUUUGUACUGAUAAGACUGAAUGGCUUGAUGGGAAACAUGUUGUUUUUGGUCAAGUUGUGGAAGGUAUGGAUGUUGUUAGAGCUAUUGAGAAAGUUGGAUCUCAGAGUGGUAAGUGUAAGGUUCCUGUUGUUGUUGCUGACUGCGGCCAGAUUUGUUAGAUCGGGGAAAUUCUCACUCAACCGCUAUCAUUAAUUCCCCUAAUUAAAUCCAUGGUCUCUUCUUUUUUAUGUUUGUCUUUAUCUCCCUAAUGCUAUUGUAAUGGAGUUGAAAAAUCUAGUUGGGAAGAAGGACUACUACUGUUCAUCAUCUUUUAAUAAAUCAGGGGUUUAAGUACGUAACUGGGUUUUAAUUAUUGAACUCGUGUGUUUGAUUUACUUGUUUUGAUCUUCCGUUCUCCUAUGGACGGUUACUAUAAUAUUACAUUACAAAUGUUUGCAA